CUGCCCUUUCAGCCGGCCUGAUCAGCUGCUGAGUGUGCAAGGCUUCUGGGCAAAUGGAGCGCGUGGGUUCAGGGGGCCCAGCCCUAUAAAAACACAAGCCAGGGUCUUCUCCCCGACAUUGAUUAUACUGGAUCUGUCCCACCUCAGUACUGUCUAUAGAAGCAGCCCCCAAAGGGAGAAACAGCAGCCAUGAAUCCUCAACAGAUGGAGCAGAUGGGCCAGUUCAAGAUCACAGUCUUCGAGGAGGAGAACUUCCAGGGAAAGUGCUGCGAGUUCAACCUGGAGUGCCAGAACGUCAUGGAGAGGGGCUUCAACAAGAUUCGUUCCAUCAAGAUUCAGAACGGAGUGUGGGUGGGAUUCGAGUACCCAGAGUUUCAGGGACAGCAGUAUAUCCUGGAGAGGGGAGAUUAUCCUUGCCAUGAGUCCUGGAGCGGGAACAUCGGCAUGAGAACUGAGCACAUACUUUCCUUCAGACCUAUCAAGUGUGCUAACCACACUGACAGCAAGGUGACCCUGUACGAGUGUGAGGACUUCCAGGGCCGUAACUUUGAGAUUUGCGAUGACUACCCCUCCCUACAGGCCAUGGGUUGGUGCAGCAAGGAGGUUCCCUCUAUCAAAGUCAACUCAGGAGCCUGGGUGGCCUACCAGUUCCCAGGAUAUCGAGGCUACCAGUACAUCCUGGAGAGAGACAGACACCAAGGAGAGUACAGAAACUACAACGAGUUCGGCACCCAAGCUCACACCAACCAGGUGCAAUCCAUUCGUAGGAUUCAGCACUAGAUCUUCUCUUGCCCGCCUGAAACAACGUAAAAGAAAAAAAAAAAAGAAAGAAAAAAAAAGAAACUUCCUUUCUAAUUGCUUUCUCACCUUGAACCCUGAACAGACCUGUGUCACAGAGCAGUAGACUAACUUAAUCUGAGGCUCUGGAUGUUUGGAUAUACAGUUCUACAACCAUGCUAAAGCAUGUUCUUGAAAUAGGAAAUAAAGGUUUUUCUUCCAAACUA